UCAGACGCUGCCGGGCUCCGGUCCGGGCUGCAGGCAGAGCUCGCCGCGGGCCCGCGCCCCCGGGGGCAGAAACGCCGGGCUGGGCCGCAGUGUCCUGCCCGUGCUCCCCCGCAGCCGCCCCGCCGCGCCCCGGGGAUGGGGCCGGGAAGCCGGUGGCUGCUGGGGGCCGCCCUGCUGUGCUGGGGAGCCCGCUGCCAGGUGGCGCCCCCGCUGGGCCGCACAGCAGCAGUGGUCCCCUUCGAGGAGGUGUGGAGCCGCAGUUACUGCCGCGCCCUGGAGACCCUGGUGGACGUGCUGGGCGAGUUCCCCCACGAGGCUGAGCACGUGUUCAAGCCGUCCUGUGUCCCGCUGCGGCGCUGCGCUGGCUGCUGCGGGGACGAGGACCUGGAGUGUGUCCCGGUGGAGACCCGCCCCGUGGCCAUGCAGGUCGUCCGCCUCAGCCCGAUCCAGGGGAAGAGUCAGCAGGAGGAGAUGCGGUUCACUGAGCACAGCCGCUGCGCGUGCAGGCCUCGGAGGAAACGAUUGAAAAGCGAGAGAGACAGCAAGAGAGGAUCCAGGAGGAGACCUCGGGAGCCGGGUCCUGUGCCCCUCCCCACCCCCCUGUGCCAGCCCCCGUCUCAGAGGGAGCCGAGGCCAAGGCCCGGGGUGAAGGAACCGGUCCUGCCCCCAUGUGGGGGUCCAGGGUGCAGCCCCCAAAGCAGACUGGAGCUGGGACCAGCUCCAGCACCCAGUGAACGAACCUAUGUGCAGCACCCAGGCUGGGGGGCUGGUGACCCCACAUGAAAGGGGCAAGGGGCGAUGCCUCUAGGGCAGUGGGGGGAGGGGACUCGCUCUUAAGAGGCUGCUGUUCCAGGGGGGUCUGCCAGGGGCUCCCAGGUUGACGUCGGGGGUAGGCAGGGGCUGAAGGCGGCUGGAUGGGGAAUUGAGGACCUGAACUUCUGGCAAAGGGAGCUUCAGGCCAGGUGCCCCAGGGCCAGGAGCAGAUAGUGGGUAGAUGGGGGCCCCCUUUCCAGCGAUGGGAGCCCAGGAGCCGGCCCCCUCCCCCCCGAUAGGAGCCAGGUCCCCCUGGAUGGGAGCAGGAGCCGCCCGUAGCGAGAUGCUCUGGGCAGCGUGUUCCUGGGCCACGUCUGCUCAACUCCUGAGCCGGUGAGUUCCGCAGGGCUGCGACGCCCGGCCUGGCCUCCCCGGUUCUGAGGCUGCAGAGAGCUCGUGUAUAACCCAUGCACAGAUACUAAACCCACAAUAAACCCCGUCUCCUCCCUG